UGGGCGCUGGGGCGGGAGGCGUCUCCUUGCGGGCCACCCCUCACCGCACCGCUUAGAGCCCAGAGCGAAGCUGGAAGCCCCCGAGAAGGGUGCCCCAGGGCGCUGCCCAGUUUGAGAGACGUCCCAAGGGGACGCCUUGGGGCCGUGGAGGGGUUUUCCUUUGCAACGAAGGAGUGAGCCAUUUUCACAACGCGUUUCGACUGCGCGGGCUAUCAUCGCCCACAUCUGGAGGUUGCACUUAAUCGCCCACAUCUGGAGACUUUGAAGCUCUGAGAAGGGGCAGCGGAUGAAGCGGUGGAGAAUCUGCGCACCACGCUCGACUUCAGCAUCCUCGUGGUCCCCCCCACCCCCCCGCAACUUGCAUCGACCGCCGGACCCCUGCCCUCGUAGCUCAAGAUGUGGCCAUUCCCUGGAGAUGCACCAUCUCUGAGCCAGCGGCAACCACACCUCUCCCAUGCCAGACCUGGGGGGAAACUUCACUUUGCCUGGAUCGAGGGCCACCCGAAGGAUUCGAGGCUUCCCUAGCCCGCGACUGGCUCCUCCUCCAUGCAAUCCUAGCCUGACUUAACUUUGCAAGCCUUUUGCAGGCCGACACGCAGGCUCCCAUUUGGAUGAUUCGCGCAGGUCUAGGACCAACAGAUCUGAAGUGUUCCGCUGGCAUCUGGACAAGGAAACAGCCUGUGGAGUGUUUUCCAUGGAACUCUAUUGGGGGGAAACCCAGCUUUGAACUCUGCGGCACACUUGUUUGCCUCCAGAAGCAAAGACAGCCUGGUCAAUGUUGGGCAACUGCAGCAGCUCCAAUUGCACGCUCGGCAGCCAGGGCUUUGCUGGGAGUGUGGGCAAGCUGGUCCUCAUGGUCUUCCUGAUUGUUGCCAUCAGCCUGGGCAACACGGUGAUCCUCCUGGUUUUUCUUCAUGCGAGGAAUUUCCGAAGCCCCCAAGGUUACCUGAAAGCUUCUUUAGCCCUGGCUGACCUCAGCAUAGGGGUCAUUGUAGUGCCCUACUCUGUCUACAGGGAGGUGAACAAGCUGCUUUAUGGGAUGAAGCAAGAGACGGGUGAGUCUAAGGAGCUGAUCUGCUACAUCAUUGGGCCCCUCUUUGCAGUCUCUACCUUUGUCUCCAUCACCACAAUCUUCCUGCUGUCUGUGGAGAGGAGCAUAGCAGUGCUGAAACCCUUGCAUAAGAGAGCAGUGGUCACCAAGCGCCGGACUGCUUGGCUGACCCUCAUCACCUGGGCCUUGAGUUUACUGUUGGCAGUGAUCCCCAUGAUUGUCUCCCCAGAUAUUACCUUCCAGUACAAUUCCUGCAGCAGUUUGUGCAACUAUGUGCUCCCGACAGACAAGCCACCUCAACCCCACUGGAAUAUUAUGCUGCUGUAUCCAGUCUUUGACUUCUCCCUCUUGGGUAGCACCUUAAUCAUCAACUUGGUCACCUUUGCUGCUCUCCACCAGUACUGCAAGACCCGGAAACAGCUAGGAGGAGACUCACAGAGAGGCACCCAGCUCUCCUUCUCAGAAAUUAAUGCAGCCAAGACCAUUGGCGUCUUGACCUUUGCUUUUGCAGCAUCCUUCAGUCCCAUUGCUGUAUUUGUGGUGGGUUCUGUGGUGGGUUUCGAGUGGUGCCAUUUCUCCUUCUAUGCCUUCUGGAUCCUCACAUCCAACAGUUGCUGGAAUGUGGCCAUCUAUAGCGCCUGGGACCCCAAGUUCCGUCAGGGGGUUAAGGAGUUGUUCGGCAAGAGAGUGCUGAAAUCUACCUCCCAGGGCCCCAGUCAUUCAGUGGAGGUGGACAGUACUUCUGCAGCCUGUGUGGUAGCACCCAAGGAGAUGUUCCAUCCAGAUGGUACUUGAUGGCAUAGCUUUUUUUUCCUACUUCUUGUCAGGGGAGUCUCCUGAGUUGUAACAUUAGGAUAUUCUGGAUGUUUAGCCAGAUAAAUAUUUAUUAAACUUGUGUUUUGCUGCUACAUGGGAUUUUCAGUGGAUUUCCAUCCAAUAGAGAAAUGAGGUCUACACUACUUAGCUUCAUUUGUGCCAAAGCAUCAGAUGCUGCUAGACUACUUGGUGCAUUCUGAUCCUGGCUCUGGUUAUGGAAUCUGGGCAAAGAGAUUUGCUUCAGAAAUGUAUACUUCUCCUAUAGUGUCCAGAUAGCCCAGCUUAAUUUGAACUUGACAGGGCUUGGGAACUAAGGAGGAUUGGCCACAGGUAGUAUUUGGGUGGGAGACCACCAAGGAAGACUGGGGUUGCUAUGCAGAGAAAGGCUAUGGCAAACAGCCUCUGCUCUUCUCUCACCUGGAACACCCAUAGAUGGGGUUGCACUGUCUUAAAGUGCCAGAGUUAUCCUUGCAUAACCUGAAUUACAAUUGCUUGAACUUCAUAGUCUAAAUGUACUUGUGGAGAUGCAUGCCAGUAUUGAGUGUGAAGCAUAUCACAUAAACAAAUACUGAUCCUUAAAAGCUUUUAAAGACAUGUAUUAAACUUGUUUCUUGCUCUUACAUGAGACUUGUGGAGGUCUCCCAUCUCAAGGACAAAUGACAUCCACACUAUUUAUCUCCAUCUGUGUCACAGCAUCCAGUACUCCUGGACCACUUGCUGGGCUCUGAUCCUGGUCAACAAAGUCUUGGUCUUUGCACAUGGCAGAAUGAAGUGGUAAUGAAGUGGCAGAGAGCUGAGGUGGUUGAAUGAGGUAGUAGGGACUGUGUCACUUCAGAUUGCAAGGAAAAGAUUGUAUUUCUGAAGUUUUCGUAUACAAAUAAUUCCCUAUAAAUGGAAAACUAGCACAGGGCGCAGAGGGCCGGGCUAGAACUUUUCUCCUUGAUAUGCUGAGUUUUUAAUAUUCAUAGACUUUUUAUGUGGAGGAGCACAUAAUUCCUCGCCUGCAUUCUAAAGUGGUACUGAUCAUAACUUCAGGAUCCUACACAUAACUUUGUGCACAAACAGCAAACUUUAGUCAUAACUAACUGCACACAAAUUCUUGCAAGACAGCAGCAUGGUGGAGUGGGUAGAGUAUCACACUACAAACUGGGAGACCCAGGUUCCAAUACCCACUCCAAAUCCAAAUCCACUGUGCUGUCGAAAGCUUGCUGGGUGACCUUGGACCAGUCACACACACAUUCAGCCUAACCUACCUCACAGUGUUGUUGUAAGAUUAAGUUGGAAGAAAGGAGAAUGCUGUAAGCAGCUGUAAGCACUUUCUCUGCUCACAAAGUGCUGUUUUGUUACUGUAAAUGCUAUCAACAGCACUGGAAGAGUACCCUUUGUAUCCAACUCAUUAUUUUCAAUACGAAGCAGGAAAAAGUCAAAUCUGUACCAAAAUGUCCAAGACUCAGGUUUCUAUUAACAUAUUAACAUGCUUUUAAAAGAAAAAAAAUCCUUUCAACUCUCAAUGCAACAUGAAUCAAGAACACUUCUUUGCUGUACAAAUUUUCAUUGAAACCUUAUAACCUAAUGAAACACAUUAUCUAAAUAUUUCAUCAUAACCCAAACCCUUCAUAUGUAUUUCAUUUUUUCAUAAGAUUAUAUACAUCUGGACAAUAUAACAAUGAAUAAUUACUUAAAAUAUCCCUAGAGUGUUAUUAUGACAUUAUAAUACCAUGAAUAUGGUUACGGUUGCAACUUGCUCAAGCCAUAAAUAUGCAUUUAUUAAUGGUAAGAACUGAAUCCAGAUGUCCUUGUUAAUCUCACUGAAAUCAUAGACCUAGUUUAAUAUCAAGCAAAGAGGAUGUUAACAGUGGUGGGAUUCAGCAGGUUUGCAACAUUUUGGCAGAACCGGUUGUUAAAAUGGUGCUUGUAAACAACCAGUUGUUGAAUUAUUUGAAUCCCACCACUGAUGUUAUAUAUAUGCUAUAAGAGCACUACCUGAAUACCUGACCGUUAAAAGACUGCAAGAGGAAGAGCCCUGGCUUAGUGAUUCAGUACCUGCUGGGCAUGCAGAAGACCCCAGUCCAGGUAUCACUGGUUAAAAGGAAUGAAUAGGAAGUGAUGCGAUUUCGAGUGGAGAGCCCUUGUGAAACUGAAUAGAUAAUCCUGACCUUGAGACACCAGUGGUCUGACUCAAUAGAAGGCAGCUUCAUAUGUGCAAAAAUGGGGAAGUCUGAACUUUUUAUACUAGCUUGAAAACACUCUUGUAUCUGAGGCAUGCUAAAUUAAAGUAAAUAUCACUGUAUUAGCCUUAAUAAAUGUUCAAAUUGUCACAUGGAUACAGUUAGGGAUAGAGAAGUAAUAAUGCUCUUUUGCCAUGUCUUCAUUACCUUGCAUGCUCAAUUUUUUUUAAAAAAAGUGGUUAUGAGGAAACUGUGUUAAGUGAUGCAUGUAUAUAUUGGCUAAGCCAUCUUGAGCAGGUCUCUGGAGAGGCAGCAUACCAGUUUUCUAAAUAAAGGAUUGAGACAGGAAGCUGUAAGAUGUGAAAUAUCAAGAUGUGUAUUAAAUUCCGGUCUGAGCAACUGUUUUGUUUCAUUUGGUGUGUAUUUGCAAAGGUUCUCACUCCAAGGGAUACUAGCUGGUACCUUCCCUUUCCCCCCUAUUUGGUUGGCUUAAAAUAACUGGUGUAUUUAUUGUGUGAGGUUAUCUUAAUAGCAAACACCAUUCUGAAUGUAUUCAGUGCAAACAAGUUUUCUCUUGAUCAAAUAACACCACAAAAAUAAUAAUCAGUGUUCAGACAAUCAUUUUUAACAUUUUGCUUCAAUGAAAACAUUAUGUAUAUGGUUUAUUUACAACAAUACUGUCAACAAUGAAAUUCUUAUGCAAGAGAUAAAGGUUUUUUUUAACAGCAGCUUUAUAUUAGCUGAGUUGGAAUAUGGAAAUCAAAGCAGGGUUUAGAAGGAAUCUCUUAUAUUCUAAACUUCUUCAGUUCUGUAGGCCUGGAACUAGCACUGUUUCAUACCGGUUAUUGAAUUACCCAUCAUUUCUAGAGAUUUAUAUUUUAUGCCUAAUAAAGGUUUACUGUACUGUG